CUAGAGUUCUUUGCCCAUAGCAUAGAUUAUUACCAAAUGCAACUGCAUAACGGGCGUCGUGAUCGAAAGGCCUUCUACUGUACCUAUGCAUUCUUCGUACAAGGCUGUUGCUCUAUGGUAUUGAAUAAGGUGACAAAAAAACGAUCAGGUCACAAUAAACCCUCAACAAGUGUGCUCAAGCGGGAAGGCGCAGUAUCACCAAUCUCAACUAUGAUCUCCAAUAUUACCAUUACCAACCGGCCUAAGCAGAACCUACAGUGACAAGAAAAGGUCACGUUGAUGGCUUCAAGACCCACGCACAGGGUUUUUCUGAACCUGCAACACAGAGUGGAAGAAAAAUACAUGAAUAAUCGCGAAGGGGAAGACUACCCGGCAUGCAUGUGAUAUCAUACAGUCAGAUGAGCAAACCAGUUUCUGCAGCUGUAGUGUAACCAUCUCACCGGUAUCUAAGGGCCAGCCUAUAAGUUGCUUAUCGACCGGGAGGUAGAAUGAUGGGAUCUCCGCAGCCCGUAAAGUAAGGGUCGGGUGGUUGGAACAGUUUGGCUCUGUUCUCGUAGUAUUUCGAUGCAGAUUGGGUUCAUGUUCAGUCGGUGAGGGAUCAUUCUCACCUGUCUGUAUAUCUUGGUUGGCUGCAGGGUCCGAAACAACCGCUCACUCGAGUCACACCGGCAGUCGGUCCAUGGGGGACAAUGGGCUGUUAGGCGAAUGGUUCAUGCGAGGCUGCCAUGCUAAACUGCUUUGGUCGGGUUGGGGAUUGGGGAUAAGCCUCCGCUGUAGUACGAAUUAUCGUUCGCCUUGACUUUGGAACUGUAAGAUUGAAUGGAGAGAGCCAAGAGGUAGUAUCGGAUUGUUGUGGGUGCCCGUGUAUUGGUGGGAGUCCUAGAGCAAGCUUUGAUAGAAAUGCUGUGUAUGCCAUCGAGCGGGACCUGUGGUGCUCCUGUCAAUGAACUGGUGAUUUGAUAGGAAAGCUUAAAAUAAAAUUAAAAAUAUGGUAAAAAACAAAAAUCUAAAAAAAGGGGGGG